AUGCCGAGAAGUACGAAGAUCCCUAGAACUCGCUGGUCAGAGUCAGAGAAACUUCGGCUUCUCAAUUACCGGGACAGACAUCCUAACUUGCCUUGGGAUCAAAUCAAGCUGGACCUGAAAAUUGAACGUGAGAAGGAGGCCCGGGAAAAGAGCUUGAUGCUAACAUACCUCAUGCUGAUCAGGCGAACAAUGGUAAUAAAGCGACUGAGGAAAUGGUAUGUCAUCUCAUUUGUAAUAUCGUGUACAAUAGUCGGAGUCCAUGCUAAUAUACCUCGUGUUGACCAGUCGAACAAUCAGAAUAAAGUGACCAACACUACUCAGCUCAGUAAAGGGAACAAACGUCUGCUGGACCUCGGAGACAACGAGACACACCCCAGCAAGCAAACCAAGACUGGUGAUGUCGCAGCAAACAAUGUCAACGACCCAGACUUCGACCCUAGCGAGGCUAGUGACAUUGGCCGCUCUCCCACUGCUCGACAGCUUCGUAAUACGCCUCGCAAGCAGCUGAACGAUACUGUCGUGGGCUCGGCUUCUGGCCUGAAGCGCCCAUCCAAAAGUACAAAGCUUCAAUUCACUGGUCAACCUGGUGCACGCGAUCCAUUCAGCACAACACCCGCUAGCCCUGACCCUCACACACUGCAGAACGCGAAAAAAUCUAACAAAACUACUAAAUCUGCAUCUGCCUCAUCUCAGCCAACACUUUCAGAUUCUCGCUCUCUUGAGAACGCAGCAGACACGAACAAAUCUGACGCAACCUCUGCAAUCGAGUCACCGGUGCAGAGAGCUCGUCCAAGCUUAUCUCCUGCAACCAAUCGUCAUUCUGCACAGAAUCAAGAACCUAGUACCAACAACGAAGAUUCGCCAUCAAAGCCUGAACAAGAAAUGGCUCCUCGUCCUCCCACUCCUCCUUUUUCCGCCACCACUGCUUUCACGGACUCUGGAAGCAACGAAUACCAAUCCAUGCAGCAUGGCGCACGCCUGUUUACGCAGGCGGCCAUGGCCAUGAGAGAAUUCCCGAAAGAGCGUGCCCGUAACGCGCAGUUGGACGAGACAAAUGAGAAUCUUAUGAUGGAGUUACUGAAGCUGGAGGAGAAGGGAGCCGAAUGGAAACAGGAAAUUAGAGAGCUCCAGCUCCAUAACAGAAACCUCGAAGGCGACCUUAAGAAGCAAAUCGAUCAGGUCAAGAAGCUCGAGGCUGAACUGAAGGAGAUGAGCGAGAAGAAGAACCAGGGUGCUCUCGAUGCCGCCAAUGGAGCCACCAAUACCGAAUGCGAACACUGCCUUGAGCAUAUCUCCCGCCUCAACGCUCUGACCGAAGAGAAUAAAAAGCUCAAGCAGAAAUUGAACGUUGUGGCUGAAGUAUUCGCGGCUGGCAAUGAUCAAACCUGA